AUGUAUCUUGGGACUGUCGACGUCACCGCCACCCCAAUCGCGAACAAGGAGAACGUGCCGUCUAAGCGAUGGCCUACUCCACAGUCGGUAGACAAGCUGUCUAGGCCAUUCAAGUGUCCCGGAUCAGCAACGAGAACCGUUGCGACCGACAGACCGGCGCGAAAGAAGAGAAGGGUUGACUACAAGGGUGCUGAUGGAGAGACCGACGCGGAUAAGCCAUACACCAAUGCCGAUCGCCUUGCCUUAGCGAAUCGAGAUGCGAACAGGUUUCCAGUCUUUCAGGCUAAGGACAAAUCAACAGUGUUCCGCAAGGCUUUCUCGGUGCCUUUGAUCAAUAAGAAUUCGAGUGCUUAUAAUCCCAAUCGACCUCCGCCAACCCUCGGCCUACGCACCGGGGCACAGUUCAUUGCUAAGCCGCUACAUGACCCCAGCGGCGAGUUCGCUAUUGUACUCUACGAUCCAACCAUUGACGAUAAGCCCAAAGAGCCCGAAAAGAAGGAGGACAAGAAGGAUGUUGAGGCCGAGACUAAAAUUGACGCGCCUCUCGUCCACAAGAGUCUGGCUGAGAUCCUCGGAAUCAAGAAGAAGGUGGAAGGAGAGCAUCCUCGGGUCCCUGUCGUUAUCGAUCCACGAUUGGCCAAGGUUCUCAGACCACAUCAAGUUGAGGGCGUCAAGUUCAUGUACAGAUGUGUCACUGGCAUGAUCGAGGAGAAGGCCAAUGGCUGCAUUAUGGCCGACGAGAUGGGUCUCGGCAAGACCCUUCAGUGCAUCACUUUGCUUUGGACCCUUUUGAAACAAUCUCCGGACGCCGGAAAGAGCACCAUUCAGAAGGCUAUCGUUGCGUGCCCUUCCAGUUUGGUGCGCAACUGGGCCAAUGAGUUGGUCAAGUGGCUUGGCGCUGAUGCUGUUACGCCUUUUGCGAUUGACGGAAAGGCGUCAAAGGAAGAGCUGACGCGACAGCUGCGUCAGUGGGCCAUUGCCAGCGGCAGGGCAGUCACAAGGCCAGUCAUCAUCGUGUCUUAUGAGACCCUUCGCCUCAACGUUGAGGAGUUGAAGCACACCAAGAUCGGCCUCAUGCUUUGCGACGAAGGCCAUCGUCUCAAGAAUGGAGACAGUCAGACUUUCAGUGCACUCAAUAACCUGAACGUCACAAGACGAGUCAUCCUAUCCGGAACUCCUAUCCAGAAUGACCUGUCCGAGUAUUUCUCUUUGAUCAGCUUUGCCAAUCCGGAUCUGCUUGGUACUCGCCUGGAGUUCCGCAAGAGAUUUGAGCUUCCAAUUCUCCGCGGACGUGACGCCGACGCACUCGAGUCUGAACGGCAGAAGGGCGACGAGUGCUUGUCUGAGCUCUUGGGCAUCGUCAACAAAUUCAUCAUCCGCCGCACCAACGACAUCUUGUCCAAGUACCUGCCCGUCAAGUAUGAGCAUGUCGUGUUCUGCAAUCUCGCACCCUUCCAGCUUGAUCUUUACAACUAUUUUAUCACUAGUCCGGAUAUUCAAGCGCUUCUCCGUGGUAAGGGCAGUCAGCCGCUCAAAGCUAUCAAUAUCCUCAAGAAGCUUUGCAACCAUCCGGAUCUGCUCAACAUUUCGGACGAUUUGCCCGGGUCAGAGAACUGCUUCCCCGAUGACUACGUUCCCAAAGAGGCGCGCGGGCGGGAUAGAGACAUCAAGCCUUGGUAUUCAGGCAAGAUGCAAGUCCUCGACCGCAUGCUUGCCCGUAUCCGUCAAGACACAAACGACAAGAUUGUACUUAUCAGUAAUUACACGCAGACGCUUGACUUGUUUGAGAAGCUUUGCCGUAACCGGGCCUACGGCUGUCUACGCCUCGACGGUACCAUGAACGUCAACAAGCGCCAGAAGCUUGUGGACAAGUUCAACAACCCGGAUGGAGAAGAGUUUGUGUUCCUCCUCAGUUCCAAGGCUGGUGGCUGCGGUCUCAACCUCAUCGGUGCCAACCGCCUGGUUCUCUUUGACCCCGACUGGAACCCCGCCGCAGAUCAGCAAGCUCUCGCUCGUGUCUGGCGUGACGGCCAGAAGAAGGAUUGCUUCGUCUAUCGCUUCAUCGCUACCGGCACCAUCGAGGAGAAGAUCUUCCAGCGCCAAUCCCACAAGCAAUCGUUGUCCAGUUGCGUUGUCGACUCCGCCGAGGACGUCGAGCGGCACUUCUCGCUCGAUAGUCUGCGUGAGCUGUUCCAGUACCGGCCCGGCACAAAGUCUGACACGCAUGACACGUUCAAGUGUAAGCGCUGCAAGCCCGACGGCAGGCAGUAUAUGAAAUCGCCCGCCUUGCUGUACGGCGACACGAGCACGUGGAAUCACUUUGUGAAUGAGGGGUUGAAGCCGAUUCAGGACCUGCUGCUGAGACAGGAGUGUGGAGAGCCGGAGGUGUCGGCCGUUUUCCAGUAUAUUUCGCAUUAG